AACUAAAGACUUUCUCUGACUGCAAGUCUGAAUUCCGCUCGAAUCUCGGGAGGAAAGGUUGUGCUUUUGGCUCGGGCCUGCCAAAGCCUCAUAAAAGCCCCCCUUCAUCUCCUGCAUGCUCUAUUGACACAAGGGAAACAGCGUGCGAUCAUCAUCCUUUCUCACCGGCUGCUGGCCAGCCUGUUAUAAGCUCUGCUGCAGCGCGGCGCACCGGAGUGGAGCGGAGCUGGAGAGGAGCAGAGGCGCAGGAGGAGAGUGACGGACGGAACGGCUGCCCUCCUGACAAGCGGAAUUACCCUCUUCAGCAGUUUCAAAAUGUCUCUGGAGAGUAAAAGACUCGUUGGGAUUAUUGCGUUUGUCGCCUCCGUGUUGCUUGGCUCAUGCGGGACAGAUGGAGAAGAGGUGUGUGACAACCCACUAGUGUACAAUCUGCCACCAUCAUCCUUCAGAAGCUCCUCCCAGCUGUCAAGCAGUCAUGGACCUGGUUUUGCCAAAGUCAACAGAAGAGAAGGAGCUGGAGGCUGGUCUCCUCUGUUGUCAGAUAAGUACCAGUGGUUGGAGGUGGAUCUGCAGAGACGAACCCAGAUAACCGCUGUUGCCACACAAGGCCGCUACGGCAGCUCUGAUUGGCUCACGUCUUACCUGUUGAUGUUCAGCGACACAGGACACAACUGGAGACAACAUCGGCAGGAAGACAGCUUAGGGGCUUUUCCAGGUAACAGUAAUGCGGACACUGUGGUCCAGUACAAACUUGAUCAACCAGCGAUUGCCCGCUAUCUUCGCUUGAUCCCACUGGACUGGAACCCCUCCGGAAGGAUUGGACUCCGACUGGAAAUAUAUGGCUGCAGAUACACCUCUGAGGUGGCAGGUUUUGAUGGAAGAAGCAGCCUUGUCUACAGACUGAGUGCCAGAACAAGCUGGACAGCAAGGGAGAGCAUCUCUCUGAAGUUUAAAACCUUAAAGAAUUCAGGAACGUUACUUCAUGCAAAGGGUCAGAGGGAUCACAGCCUAAAUCUAGCGCUGGAGAAAGGAAAACUGCUGCUGCACCACCAACAAGAUGUGAGUUCAGGCUCUGGGGGCAAACUUCUUAUUUCUCUUGGAAGUCUGCUUGAUGACCAACAAUGGCAUCAUGUAAAGCUGGAACGACUCAGCAAUCACCUCAAUCUGACAGUGGAUAAAAAUACACAGCAGGUUCAUGUACCAACUGAGCUCAGCCACUGGCACAUUCACAUGCUAGGUGUGGCAGCUGUCCAGAGCCAUGGACUCCAAACACCUAUCCUGCCCAACAGAAACUUUCAUGGAUGCCUGGAAAACCUGUUAUAUAAUGAUCUAAAUUUGAUCAAACUGGCCAAACAAAACAGCCCACAGGUCACUGCAGUGGGCAAUAUGACCUUUUCUUGCAGUGAGCCAGUUUCUGUCGCCAUAACAUUUACUGACUCUCGCAGCUUCCUCCAACUGCCUGUACUGACAUCAUGGUUGUCAAGGACUGUUUCAAUAGCAUUACAGUUCAGAACUUGGAACAAGGAAGGGUUGCUCCUGACAUUUGGCCUACAACAGCAGGAAGGCUCAGCCUUCCUGUAUCUCAGUGAAGCCAGGCUUCGCCUUCAAAUCAGUAGAGCUGGAAAUACCCUCCUAGAGCUCAGCACAGGCUCAGGUCUGAAUGACGGCCAGUGGCAUUCUGUGGAGCUGAAGUCGAUGGAAAGUCAUCUGAGCAUCACGGUGGACAGAGAUGAAGGAGCCACUGCUCACACUAGCAUCCCACUUCUCCUGACACCAGACGGUCAGCUCUUUUUUGGUGGCUGUCCUGCUCAGAGAGCCAGUUUGGACUGCAGAAACCCAUUUCAAGUGUUUCAGGGAUGUAUGCGUCUACUAAAAUUGGACGACCAACUAGUGGACUUAAUAAAAGUGCAGGAAAGACGGCUGGGAAACUACAAUUUGCUGCAGGUUGAUAUUUGUGGCAUCAUUGACAGGUGUUCCCCGAGUCACUGCAAACAUGGAGGAAGAUGCACUCAGUCAUGGAGCACCUUCCACUGUAACUGCUCUAAUAGUGGCUACAGAGGAGCCACCUGCCACAGCUCAAAAUUUGAACGGUCAUGUGAAAUCUACAAGCACAAAGGCAACACCUCAGGGCACUUUUACAUAGAUGUCGAUGGCAGUGGACCAAUCAAACCCCAGCUCGUUUAUUGUAACAUGACAGAGGACCAGACAUGGAUUGUCAUACAGCAUAACAACACAGAGCUGACCACAGUUCAGGCCUCCCCUGACACAAACCAACACUUUGCCAACUUUCACUACCAAUCUGAAGAGAAGCAGCUAUCAGCCAUCAUCAGUCAGUCAGAGCACUGUGAGCAGGAGCUAUCCUACCACUGCAGGAGGUCUCGCCUAUUUAACACCCUGGAUGGUGCUCCAUUUAGCUGGUGGGUAGGAGGCCCAGCCCCAGGUCAGAUCCAGAACUACUGGGGUGGAGCUGUGCCUGGCAGCCGGCAGUGCAUGUGUGGUCUGCAGGACAACUGUCUCGACUCAAGUUUCUACUGCAACUGUGAUGCUGACUAUGACCUAUGGACGGAUGACUCAGGCCUUGUCACCCAUAAGAAGAUCCUACCAGUCAGGUCGUUGUUGCUGGGUGACAUCCACCGUCCAGGUUCAGAGGCUGCCUACAGGGUGGGACCUCUCCGCUGUCAUGGAGACCAAAACUUCUGGAAUGCUGCAUUUUUUGACAAGGAGACGUCCUACCUUCACUUCCCUACCUUUCAUGGAGAGCUGAAUGCAGACAUCUCUUUUCUGUUUAAAACAACAUCCUCCUCUGGGCUCUUUCUUGAAAAUCUGGGCAUCAAGGAUUUCAUAAGAAUAGAGCUCAGCUCUUCUACAGAGGUUGUCUUCUCUUUUGAUGUGGGGAACGGACCUCUAGAGGUAAAAGUGAAGACCGGCCUCCCCCUAAAUGACAACCGCUGGCACAGGGUGCAAGCUGAGCGAAAUGUUAAAGAGGCAUCGCUACGCGUUGAUGACUUCCCUGCUACCAUACAAGAAGCUCCUUCUGAUGGAUUUAUUCAUCUACAGCUCAACAGCCAGUUAUUUAUCGGAGGCACCGCGUCAAGACUGAAAGGCUUUCUGGGCUGUAUCCGCUCUCUGCAGCUGAACGGUAUUACACUGAACCUGGAAGAGAGGGCAAGGAUCACACCUGGCGUCAGACCUGGAUGCCCGGGGCAUUGCAGCAGCUAUGCCGCAUUCUGCCAAAACCAGGGGCGUUGUGUGGAAAAGGCCAACGGGUUCUCCUGUGACUGCAGCCAGUCUGCCCACACUGGAGCCUUCUGUCACAAAGAAGUUUCAAGCAGCUUUGAGUCGACAACAUCCAUCACCUAUAUUGUAAAGGAGCUGUAUGAGCUGAGCAGGAACAGCAGCUCUUUGCACUCAUCCAUCUACUCUGAUAUCACACUGAGAGGAGAAGACAUCUCCCUGAGCUUCAGGACCAGUCAAAGCCCUGCUCUGCUGCUCUACGUCAGCUCUUUUUACAGAGGAUACUGGAUCCUGCUCAUCAAUAAACAUGAUGAGCUAGAAGUGAGGUACAAGUUGCAUAGCAGCAGAGAUGUGGAGGUGCUGAGUAGCCGAGUCAUGAACUUAGCUGACGGGCAUCUGCAUACUGUGACCAUCAGGCGACAGGCAGACACAGUGUCUGUGCAGAUUGACCAGAAUGCCAGAGAGGACUUCAACUUGACAUCUGAUGUGGAGUUUAACAACAUUAAAUCGAUUAUUCUGGGAAGAGUGCCAGAGUCUGAAGGACUGGACGCAGAACUCGCCGGGUUGGCCUCUAUUGGGUUCACUGGCUGCCUGUCAGGUGUUCGAUUUGACUCCAUCUGUCCUCUGAAAGCUGCUCUGCUCCAUCGUGACAGUCGUGUUACUGUCACCAGCCCCCUGGUACCAUCGAGCUGUGCUUCGUCAUCUCAAGCUGACUCAUACGCAGCAGAAACUACACAUUCAUUAUCAGACCAGCCUCAAUCUGUGGAUCCAGGUCAGCCUUUAGUCAAUGCCAUUAGGAGUGAUUCAGCACUAAUUGGAGGUGUGAUUGCAGUGGUCAUUUUUAUCAUCGUGUGUGCUGCAGCGAUCGUGGCUCGAUUCCUUUGCAUCAGGAAAGAGACAUAUCGAAACCAAGAAGUAAGAGCAUCGCAGCCUCAGGACAGCCGCGAGUUCCCGUUCAGCAGCCAGGCAGACUCUCUGAGCAUUCAAAGUGAAAACCAGAAGGAGUUUUUCAUUUAGCACUGGCCCAUGAUAAUCCCAGCGCGCUGAGCGGGAUAAAUUACCAAACAGUGCUUUACCCAUCCCCCCCCUCUUUUUUUUUGUAAAUAUAACAGACUUUAUUUGAAAAACUGUCAGAGGUGUUGGACUCACUUUAAAGUGUUAAACAUUUGAACAUGUACAAUUUGUAGUGAUUUGUGUGAUUACGACUAAUUCAGUUCCAUUUUGAAAGGAUUUUGUCUGAUAGAAAGAGAAUGAUGAACACAUGUGAUAUUGCUGUGAAAACGUUUGAGCUGUGGGACAUUUAUAAGAAGUUUUCUAAGGCGGACUUUUAAAAACCUCUUAAAUUUGAGAAGCCAGAGCCAAAAAAGAAAAAAAAAACAGGAUAUGAACCUAUGGAAAUUCAAGGCUUCUAUGAAACAGCCCAGCCAAAGCACAUUCUCAGAAUCAAAUUAAAUCCAUCUGUUAAAUGUAAAAAUUAUUCCAAAUUGUGUUGUAUAUAUAAAAACCAAAUUAAAGUCACUCUAAGACUUUGUCGUAGAGUUUCUUGGAAAA